GUGUCACCAAGUUUACAAGAGGAACACGAGUGACAAAGUGCCUCUGUUGUUUCAGUCAUGAUUUACAUCACCAAAGUCGGUCUUGGCAUUGCAGCAGUUUUUUUACUUUUUCGUCUUAGUCCGAAUCAAGCAUCAAGCGACCAUGUGAUCAGUCGUUGCGACAAAUUUGGCUCCACAUCUGUCGUCUGUCAUGAUCAAUGCGACUUCGAGAACAAUCGCUGUUGGCAAAAGACAUUGAUCGACAAAUGUGCAUGCAAUGGGUUUGUGUCCAAGUUGGCUGAGAUUGGCAUCUUCCAUCUGAAUGGUGCUCGAAUCUCCGCUGAAGGCUUUGGGUUCAUCAACGAAUGCCAGUCUUGUGCCAGACGAUGUUCCAAUAUUCGAGAUCUGGAGCCCACCAGGAAGAGCCAGUCCACUCGACGUCGAUAUGUGAUGGAGGAGAGGAAAACAAACGAAUGCCAAAACAGUGGCCAACCCCACUCAUUGAAUUUGAUCCCACCUACCUCGUCAAGACAGUUCUUGUCUGGAACACAAGAUCCAUUGGAGGCUGUGGAAAUCGAACCCGCUGUUGAGGUCAUUGGCGAGUGCUCUAAUUUUGGAGACAUGACCCAAUUAUGCGUGGAACAUUGUCCCUCGAAUGGGUUGACCUGUAGCAUGUCCGUUAACAUUGAUGCCUGUACUUGCUCUGGACGGCUUAUCAAGGUUCAUGAAGUGGCCAAAUAUGACAUGACUACGAAGAAGCAGAUUUUUGGCCAAACUGCCUUCGCAAAUGCGAGGCAUUCCCGAGUUUGUGGCGAUUGUGUGGAGUUCUGCGAGUUUCGUCCAGGGGAAACCAAUAGAUAUCUGGUGAAUACAAAUAUCACAACUUGUUACAAAAGCCUUUGAGAGUGCGAAGAGUUCGAGUAUGUAAAUAUUUAUUAUCAAUGGUUCAAGUGAACACCAUUACAAGAGAGUUUAUGGAGGAUGACAGUUUUGAACAUGAAUAGUAGAAUUGUCGAUAUAAUGUGGAAAGAGAAAUAGAGAUCUGAUAGAAAUGAUAA